UUGGCACAGGUACCUUUGGUUUCAUCGAUCAAUACGACAAUAUUGUGUACCACAAGCUCACGAGUCUCUUGGGCGAAAAUGCCGCCUUGUUGCAUCUUGCAUUUGAUGUCGCUUACAAAACUAAUUAUAAGUUGUAUCUCUUGUCCUCUUCGAUCGUCAACGAAAAGGCUUUGAAUAUGAUCAUAAAGGUCACCUUUGAUGAGCAAUGGACCACCAUUAAGAAUGAAGAAAUCAUUAUGAUUCCUACUCCGCAAUGUAAAGCACAUCGUCUUUUACCUACUCAAUUCAAUGUCUUUGCUACUGAACUCACUUCUUCCAAAUUGUUAACCUUGUUUAGUCCUUAA